AUGCAGGUUCUUAACUGUUCUACCAAAUUACUGAUCUUGGAAAAAAUGCUGAAGAGUCACUUUCCUGAAUCACUCAAGGUUUAUGGAGCAGUGAUGAACAUAAAUCGUGGGAAUCCCUUUCAAAAGGAAGUGGUGUUGGAUUCAUGGCCUGACUUCAAAGCCAUCAUCACACGGCGGCAGAAAGAGGCUGAGACAGACAACCUGGACCAUUAUACUAAUGCCUAUGCUGUGUUCUACAAAGAUGUCAAUGCUUACCGACAGCUGUUGGAAGAACAUGGUGUUAUCAACUGGGACCAAGUUUUUCAAAUACAGGGGCUGCAGAGUGAAUUAUACGAUGUUUCCAAAGCUGUUGCUGACUCAAAGCAGGUGGAUGUAAAGCUAGCUUCCUUCAAGUCCGCUUGCUUACCUCCGAUUUCAGCUGCAGACACCAGUUUCUUAAUGAAUUCUUCCCUACAACUAACCUACCUGAGUGUUGCUGAUGUUGACUUACUCAACCAGACUUGGUCUCGGGGUGGCAAUGAACAGUGUCGCCGGUACAUCGCCAACCUCAUCUCCUGCUUCCCCAGUGUGUGUGUCCGUGAUGACAAGGGGAACCCCGUGUCUUGGUCUAUGAUGGACCAGUUUGCCACCAUGUGCCAUGGCUACACCAUGCCUGAGCAUCGCAGGAAAGGUUAUAAUCGGCUGGUGAUCCUCACGUUGGCCAGAAAGUUGCAAAGCCGGGGAUUCCCCUGUCAAGGCAACAUCGUGGAUGACAACACUACAUCCAUUAAUCUCGUGAAGAGCAUCCACAGUGACUUCUUGCCUUGUCGGUUCCAUAGGCUGAUUCUCACCCCUCCAGCUUUCUCUAGGCAAGUUCACCUCUAG